UUUGGUUUCACAGAGAAGCCUUCCUUCAUCGUCUCUUUCUAUCAAAUUUCAUCGUUUCUGAGAAAGGAGAAGUUUUUAUUUAUUUAUUUCAAGUAAGCUUCAAUGGAAGGGAUCACGGAAGGCGUUAACAGUAUGAGCCUAGGCGUUGAUACGCAGAAGAAGAAUCGGAUUCAGGUUUCCCACACCAAGAAACCGUUGUUCUUCUACGUCAAUCUCGCCAAGAGGUACAUGCAGCAGUACACAGAUGUUGAGUUGUCUGCACUUGGAAUGGCCAUUGCUACUGUUGUUACCGUCGCUGAGAUAUUGAAGAACAAUGGUUUUACUGUUGAAAAGAAGAUCAUGACUUCGACUGUGGAUAUCAAAGAUGAUUCAAGGGGACGCCCUGUGCAGAAAGCCAAGAUUGAGAUAACGCUAGCCAAGUCUGAGAAGUUUGAUGAGUUAAUGGCUGCAGCCAGUGAGGAGAAGGAGGCUGCAGAAGCCCAAGAGCAGAGCUGAGAUAUCUUUUUCCAUGUCUCUCUUUCUUAAUGUUUUAAACACUUUGAUUCCGUUAAUUUUUGGCUCAUUUUGAAUGUCAACUUCAAUUUUGUCUUCUCUGCACCUGUGAAAGUUUUUUGUUUGGAGUACCGUAUUAGGUCUAGAAAAGAUUUUUGCAUAA